AAGUUCACCCCUUUAGCACAGUCCUCCAAAGUUACCCCUAAACACACACAAUGGAAGGGAAUAGAAAGAUGCUACUAUGCUCCCAUAUUUUGUGCAUCCUUUGGCUUCAAUUGUUCUCCCUGGUGGCCAAGACUAGUGCAAAGGUUCCGGCGGUGAUCGUCUUCGGCGACUCUUCGGUGGAUGCCGGGAACAACAACUACAUCCCAACGAUUGCUCGGAGCAAUUUCCAACCAUAUGGACGUGACUUUGACGGUAAACAAGCAACUGGAAGGUUCAGCAAUGGGAGAAUACCAACUGACUUCAUAUCAGAGGCUUUUGGCAUAAAACAAUUUGUGCCUGCAUACUUGGAUCCUAAGUAUAACAUUUCAGAUUUUGCCACAGGGGUCACUUUUGCUUCUGCUGCAACUGGUUAUGAUAAUGCAACUUCAGAUGUGCUGUCUGUGAUACCAUUAUGGAAGCAGUUAGAGUACUACAAGGGAUACCAAAAGAAGCUGAGUGUGUAUCUUGGUGAAAGUAAAGCAAACGAGACAAUAUCAGAAGCAUUACACCUUAUGAGUCUAGGAACAAAUGACUUCCUCGAGAACUAUUACACCAUCCCUGGAAGGGCAUCUCAAUACACACCAAAACAGUACCAGAAUUUUCUGGCUGGGAUAGCUGAGAAUUUCAUCAAGAACCUUUAUGGUGUUGGUGCUCGCAAGAUAUCCCUAGGUGGAUUACCUCCUAUGGGAUGCUUGCCUUUGGAGAGAACCACUAACAUUAUUGGUGGUAAUGACUGUGUUUCUAACUACAAUACCAUAGCAAUGGAUUUCAACGACAAGCUCAAGAAAUUGACCAUUAAGCUCAACCAGCAGCUCCCUGGAAUCAAAUUGGUGUUUUCAAAUCCCUAUUACGUUAUGUUGCAUAUCAUCAGAAAGCCUGACCUAUAUGGGUUUGAAUCAGCGUCAACGGCUUGCUGUGCUACUGGAAUGUUCGAGAUGGGUUAUGCAUGCAGCAGGGGAAACAUGUUCAGUUGCACGGAUGCUUCCAAGUAUGUGUUUUGGGACGCUUUCCAUCCAACAGAGAAAACGAAUAGUAUCGUUGCAAAAUACGUCAUGCAGCGCGUUUUAGCUCAAUUUGUAGAAUAAUAAACUACUUGUGGAAGUUUAUUUAUGUAAUGUAAUCUUAUAUAUCACGCUUGCACAUUCACUGUAAAAUGCCAUUUGGGCUUUUUAUGAAUGGUUGCAUUUUGAUGUGUGUGUAUAUAUAUAAGUGUUACUGCAGCACAUUCACCAUAAAAUGUGCUUAUAAUUAAAAAUAAAAAGUUUUGUUUUAAGUAAUAUGUAGUAUUACCGAUCAUACUUUUCUUUUAUCUUACAUGAUGAGGUUUCCUCUAGGUAUGUACUCAGUACUCCCUUCCAUAUAUGAAAUAUCUG